UCCCAGCGCUCGUGCUGCUGUCACCACAGGACCCCCAGCUGACAUCAGUGCUCGGAGACAGAAACAUGCUCAAACAUCCUUUCUAACGACAGAUGAGGACUUCUUUUCGUCUUUGUCUCCGGUGUGUGUCGACUGUUCGUCGGGGGAGAGAUUCUUUGAGGGAGUAAUAUGGAUGAGCAAGUCAAGAAAAGCGGCUGAGGAUUGUAACGGUUUGGGAGAAACGGUUAGUUGCCGUUAGGAGGUUGGUUACUUCACGACGACAUCAAAGAGGCAACAGGCAUGAGUUCACAGUAACGGCUUUAAAAGAAAACAGCACAUAAAUUAACCUGCAUGCUCCUGCUCUUUACUCGGUAAUACCAUUUCCAGUCGAAGAACGCACAGCCUGUUUUAUUCGGAUAAAGAUGGCUCACCUAAUACGACACAAGCUCAGCAACAAGCUGACCAACGCGGCCCACACGGUGUCCAACAAAUCCCAGGCCAAGGUCAGCGGGGUGUUCGCCCGGCUGGGCUUCCAGGCCGCGACGGACGAGGAGGGCUUGGGAUUCGCCGAGUGCGACGACCUGGAUUAUGACUACAGGCAGGGGAUGCAAAUGGAUGUCCUUCAGGGAGACGAGGAAGGGGGACACAUGGGGGGAGAGGGGGAGGGAGAGGGGGGCCUGGAGGGAGACAGCCACUACCAGAGAGACGGCACCGGCCGCAGGGCCUCCUCCCUGAAGACGGGAGGCUCUCUGGAUGAGGAUAAACCAAAAAUCACCACAUGGGAGGCUGGCUGGAACGUCACUAACGCCAUCCAGGGCAUGUUCGUCCUCGGCCUGCCGUACGCCAUCCUCCACGGCGGGUACCUCGGCCUCUUCCUCAUCAUCUUCGCGGCCGUGGUCUGCUGCUACACCGGGAAGAUCCUCAUCGCGUGUCUGUACGAGGAGAACGAGGACGGCAUCAAAGUGCGCGUGAGGGACUCCUACGUGGACAUCGCCAACGCCUGCUGCGCGCCCCGCUUCCCCGCGCUGGGCGGGCACGUGGUGAACGUGGCUCAGAUCAUCGAGCUGGUCAUGACGUGUAUCCUCUACGUCGUGGUCAGCGGGAACCUCAUGUACAACAGCUUCCCGGGGUUCCCCGUCUCCCAGAAAGCUUGGUCCGUGGUGGCCACCGUCGCGCUGCUGCCCUGCGCCUUCCUGAAGAACCUGAAGGCCGUGUCCAAGUUCAGCCUGCUCUGCACCGUGGCGCACAUCAUCAUCAACGUCCUCGUGGUGGCCUACUGCCUCUCCAGGGCGCGCGAGUGGGCCUGGGAGAAGGUCAAGUUUUACAUCGACGUGAAGAAAUUCCCCAUUUCAAUCGGCAUCAUCGUGUUCAGCUACACCUCGCAGAUCUUCCUGCCCUCCCUGGAGGGAAACAUGCAGAAGCCCAGCGAGUUUCACUGCAUGAUGGAGUGGAGUCACAUCGCAGCCUGCGUCCUCAAGGGCCUCUUCGCCCUGGUGGCCUACUUGACUUGGGCAGACGCCACCAAAGAGGUCAUCACGGACAACCUGCCCUCGACCAUCCGGGCCGUGGUGAACCUGUUCCUGGUGGCCAAGGCGCUCCUGUCCUACCCUCUGCCGUUCUUCGCUGCUGUCGAGGUUCUGGAGAAAUCCUUCUUCCAGGAUGGCGGGAGAGCCGUCUUCCCUGACUGCUACGGCCCCACGGGGCAGCUCAAAUCUUGGGGUCUGGGUCUUCGAAUCACCCUGGUCGUCUUCACCCUGCUCAUGGCCGUCUUUGUCCCCCAUUUCGCCCUCCUCAUGGGUUUAACUGGGAGCCUCACCGGCGCUGGCCUGUGCUUCCUCUUGCCAAGCCUCUUCCACCUGAAGCUCCAGUGGAGGAAUCUCCUCUGGCACCACGUCUUCUUCGACGUUUCCAUUUUUGUUAUUGGAGGCAUUUGCGCCAUUUCUGGCUUCAUUCACUCGAUUGAAGGGCUCAUAGAGGCGUUCAGGUACAAUCUCCACGACUGAGAGAGCUUCAGAGAUGACCUUUACUGAAUGCUGUCGUCCUGAAAUGCCGCACUCCGGCAGGUUGUCAUGACUCAGACCUUAUCAAAACAUCACGUUGACCACCUGACAGAGAAGCUCACGAGGAGGAUUAUUUGUGUGAAAUGUACAUCUUUUUAUUUUGCCCUCGUGAUAAUGUGCAAUAAUAAACUCUACGAUCAUAGUGUAAAGUAGUUUACUCAUUCCAGAAAACGUGUUUUAUGAGCCGGACAGAGGAGCGCAACCUCCGCAUGAAAGGGGAGGAGGGGGUUAAUAUGCGGACUUUAACAAGCCUGUCCAGGUUUCAGUCUUCAUGCAAAGUUGUCAAAGAUCCAGUGAAAAUGUCCGCCAUGGGUCUAACUGUGAGUGUGUACGUGUUUAUAUCUGGGGAAUGAAAUAUGUGAAAAACAAUGGAGUGAAUUUGUUCUUAUUGGUUUUUGAGCUGCUAGAUAGAUCAUUAAUCCCACUCAGAGAAAAAAAAAAAAGACCUAAGGCACCCGUCAGAUCAGAUGGUGCUCUUUGGAUCAGUAAAUAAACCAUGAAUAACGUAUGUGUAGUUGUUUAAGCAGAAUUAUCUUUCAGUUUGUUUCCGUUUUUGUAUUUUAUUUUCCAUCUUAUGCCUAUAGUAGUCCUGUUUGUUUUCUCGGUGUUUCAAGUGUCAUUCUGGAUGAAGUGAAUUCAAAGUGCAAGCAAGUGGGUCCUAAUUGUGUUAUAUGAAACAUGUCUGUCUGAUAAUAUUCUCUUCCUAUUGAACUUGUUAAUUGUGACUUAAUGGAACUAAUCAUGGUGUGUGAGACAGAGUAUUUGUUGAAUUAAGAGAUAAAUAAAUCAAAUAUU